AUUGAGGAGCAACAAGUCCUUGUUUGUAUCCGGAUAGGCUAUAACAGUUCUCAUGUCUCGUCAUCCCGUCCUCGACAGCUGUUAAGGUUCGAGAUAAGACCAGCCUUGAGACAGGGCACGCCCACGAUAGUGUAAAGGUGCAUAUUGCCGUGACUGACGUUUGUACAAAAUGGCUGAAGUACAGAGCAGGCUGCGUUUGUUUGUGAGGCAACUGUCUCCUGUCCCCGAGAAAAUAGAACCCUUCACCAAAUCACAGUGGAGCUGGUGCCCGUCCAUAGCCCUCGCAUUGUUCUAUGGGGUAGUGACGAUCUACUCAUUGUAUGCAUUCACACUGUGGUACAAGUCAGCUGUUCCCAAGUACGAUGUCGGCGUGUUCCUCACCACCUGGUCCUACUGUACGGUACUCCUCCACUUCCUACUGUCCACACUCAUCGUAUGUACUCACCAUGUAUCAGUGUACUGUCUGCAAUCCCGUUCUGCUGUGAGGAAUAGACGAAGUGAUGAGGACUUCUCGAACCAGGACGGUCUACCCGACACCAACGACAUCCUCAACGACGACGCCAGCAACAUGUCUGAAAACAACACCAGCAACAAGUGGAUCACGUGUCGGGACCACUUCUUGAAACACGUGACCAUUCCAGUAUCAUGGAUACUUUCCAAUAUUGUUUUUGUGUUUGCGAUCGUUGUGACAGGCGUUUACUACACAGUAAUCUGUCCGAAGGAUGUCACCUGCGGGAGAUACUUCAACAUCAACGUCCACGCUCUGAACACCGUUUUCAUCGUCGUGGAUGUCAUCGUCAACGGACGCCCAGUGCGAAUGUGCCACGUAGUUUACCCUUUCAUCUUUGGAUUUAUCUACGUAAUGUUUACUGUAUUCUUCUGGGCGCCCGAUCACAGUCGUGUUAUCUACCGCAUUGUGCUGAACUGGAACAAACCAGGACUGACAAUUGGUGUUUUGGUUGGUGCCUUUAUUGGCAUUACGUUGUUCCAUGCUCUUCACCUUGGAAUCUACAAACUUAAACUUUAUCUGUACAAUAGAAAAUACCAAGAACCUAUUCGAGUUUAAACGAUAAAUAAUAUAGGGACAUACUAUGAUGGUCCAAGUCUUGCCGAUAGGGUUUGCCUUAACUGCACUUAUAUAUUAUGUCUGUGAUGUUGUUGAAAACACAGCUAGAGACCUGUGUCGAAGAGGUGCGCUCCUGGGUUUAGUCCAAUUUUCUGAAAAUGAAUGACGAAAAACCGAAUUCAUGAUUUUUGGCUCACAGCAACGACUCAACGUCCCCCCACCCCCACCCCCGCAUCACCAAUGGCGACAGCUCUGUUAGUCACAGCUCAGCUAUACGGAAUCUCGGCGUGAUGUUUGAUCCAUCCCUCUUUUUCCAACCCCACGUGAGAUCCCUCUGUCGUUCUAUCUCUUUCUGUCUCUAUAAUAUCAGCAACAUCAAGAAGUAUCUGACUGUGGCUUGUCUGAAUACUCUUGUGCAAGCUAGUAUCCCAUCCCGCCUUGAUUACUGUAACUCACUGCUUUAUUGAACAUCAAACUCAAACAUCAAACUCCUACAGCAUCUACAGGACUGCUCUGCUCGUCUCAUCACGGGUUCGGGGCGGUGGGGUAGCCUAGUGGUUAAAGCGUUGGCUCGUCACGCCGAAGACCCGGGUUCGAAUCCCCACAUGGGUACAAUUUGUGAAGCCCAUUUCUGGUGUCCCCGGCUGUGAUGUUGCUGGAAUAUUGCUUAAUGCGGCGUAAAACCAAAUUCAGUCAGUCAGUCACCACGGGUUCCAGGAAGCACUGUGAAAUCACACCAAUCUUGCGUGAGUUGCAUUGGCUUUCUGUACAGCAACGAGUCACCUAUAAGCUGUUUUCUCUUUACUGAGUAUUCAGCCCUGAAUGAUCCCACUGCUCCAAAGUAUCUAAGACGCCUCAUUUCGUACAAAACUUCAAAUGGAACUCUUCGAUCCAGCAGCGCUUUGAAUGAUCUUGCCAUCCCCAGAACCACCACUAAAAUGGGGGAAAGGUGUUUUGCAGUUGCAACCCCAGUGUUGUGGAGUGAACUUCCAGCUGAACUGAACAUUGCAAAAUCAAGGUAUUCAUUCCAGAAAAAAAUUAAAACACACCUUUUCAGGCAAUAUUUUAGCUUUGAAUCCUCGAUCACCCCUGAUUCAUCAUCUUAGCUUUUGCUGUCUUUUUAAGCAUCACUGUUUUUAAUCACUGUGUAAUGUUUCUGUAAAGCGCCACUGAGCAGGCAAUAACCUGGAUAUUAGGCGCCAUGCAAAUAAAUUGUCAUUCAUUCAUUCACAAUAAAAAACUCAUGUUGUAAUCGACAA